AUGCCCGGAAGCAAUAAAUCUAUUUGGAUUAAUUCAAAAAGUAUUUUGCUUUUUAUCAACUCUACUACUCGAUGGGAUACUAUAAAGAAAUGUGUUAAAACCAAUUUAAGAGGAAGCAGUCAGACGAGGUGGUCGGCAAAACAUGUUGCUGUGAAAGCCCUCUUAAAUAAUUUGCCGGAAGUGGUGGAAUCCUUGGAAGAAUUUAAGCAAACUUCUCAUGCUCCGGAAGCAAAGUACGAAGCAGGUAGUCUCUUAAAUGCAAUAAAGAAUUUUAAAUUUAAAUUGAACUUGACUAUUUUGGCAAAUAUUCUACGCGAAAUCAAUCGAGUGAAUACUGAAAUUCAGAAGAAAGAUAUAAUCCUUUCACGUUCCGUCUCUUUAAUGGAUGGCCUGAUGAAAACUUUACAAAAAAUGAGAGAAAAUUCAAUUGAAUAUUGGAUAGAAGAGGCUAAAGAAGUUGCCAAAUAA